AGCUGAAGAUGGCACCUUCCAAACACGUAAAGCUUACACUGGCAUUGAUUGGUAAGACAGGAAACGGUAAAAGUGCAACGGCCAACUCAAUUUUAGGACGCAAUGCUUUUAAAACAAGCAACUAUACAACCGCCUGUACAUUUCUCACCAUGUCUGCGUUUGUAAAGCGUGGUGAUCUAGAAAUUCAAGUUGUUGACAGUCCCGGGUUUAUGGAUCCAGAUAAUAAAAUAAAUCUAGACAAUAUUACAGAACAGAUUCCAGGAAUUAUGAGUGUCUGUCAAAAAGGUAUCGACGCCGUGGUGCUGGUUUUGAAGUAUGGCAACAGGUUUACGCAAGAAGAAAUUGAUACUGUGUGUAAAAUAAAAGCAAUAUUUGGUGAGAAUAUAAUGAAAGAUCACGGUAUUAUUGUUUUUACAUACGGAGAACUGUUUGACGGGAGCGAUGAACAUUUUCCUGAAGCAAAUGAUGAAGGCGAUGGUAAUAAUGCUAUAACUUUUGAAAAGUGGUGUAGCAAGCAAACUGGUCCAAUACAAGAUUUAUUCAAAGAAUGCGAAAACAGAAUUGUCCUGUUUUGUAAUAGCUGCUCCAUAUUGUAUUCCGAAAAGAAGAAAAUGGCUGUGGAUCAAUUAGUUAACAUGGUUGUUGAGAUGAGCAAGAAAGGCGCCUACACGAACGAAAAAUUUGAACAAUGUAGAUUGGAAAGAGAGCGAAUCAUUUUAGAAGAACAAUUAUUAGAACUUAAUAAUGAGUUUCAGCGAAAGCUGGAUUUCUUGAUACAAGAUAUACAUCAGUUUAAACUGUCUAAUUGUAUGACGGAAGAUGAUCUAAAUCAGCUAUCAGGACGCUGCCAAGAAUUGUUAGCUGAAAUCGAUAACAUUUCUAACGAUGACGAGAUAAAGACAAAUCUAAAAAAGAAAGUUACGAAUGUUUUAAAAGGCUUAGAAGAAAUAGAUUUGAAAAAACCUAUCGCGAAACAGAUGAACCGACUUUUAAAAUUGUUGGAGGUUAUAAAAAAUCCGCCUAUGUCUGUAGCAGUUGGAGCUAUUAUUGUAGGGGCUUUAGCCAUAGCAGCUGGUUUCACAAUAGCCGUGGUAACUGGGGGCGCUGGGGCAGCCGUGGGAGCCGUGGGAGCCGUAGCAGCUGCAGGAACUGCAGAAUGUGUGGGGACAUUAGGAGCUGUAGGAGCUGUAGUUCUAGAAGGAUCUGCGUUACACGUUGUAAGUGCCGGCGCCACAUCUUUAGGUUUUGGAGUGUUUUCUUUUUUUGCUAAAAUAUAUAAUAGGAUUAAGAACCGUUAAUUAGAUAUACACAUGUAAUGAUGUAUGUAUGUUAUGUUCUGUCCCUGUCAGCAUAAUAUUAAGUAAUAACAAAAAAUAUUAUAAUGUAUCAUAGUUUAGCCAAUGCAACCAUAAUUUUAAAUUGUUGAUUUAAAAA